CGUGGUUUGACUGGCUGAUGUCGGAAAAAACUCAAAAUAAGCACAAUGAUUUGGGUAUAACUUGAUGUUUUACCUCUAAAGAUAGCAAGAAAAUGUCGUCUGUGUCUGUUCCAGUGUCUAGUGAUUUGCCUGCUGAAUGGGAGAUGAGAACAACAAUCAAUGGACGAGUGUAUUUUGCAAAUCAUUUGUUAAAGACAACACAGUGGCAACAUCCAGUGACAGGAAAACAUAUUAUUAACAAAACAGAUCUGCCACAUGAAUGGAGGGAACCAGAACACAAUGUCAAAAAUGACAAUACCAUGUUUGGGAUGACAUAUAGAUUCAGUGAGUCAUCUACUGCUAUGCAUGUGUUGAAAGGAACCAAUCUAAAAGGACAUGUGGUUGUAAUAACAGGAGCCAACAGUGGCAUAGGCUUUGAAUCAGCUAAAGCACUUGCCUGUCAUGGAGCACAUGUUAUUAUGGCCUGCAGAAACAUGGUGAAAGCACAAGACUCUUCAACAAUUGUCAAGAAUGAGUGCCAAUGCAAGGGUAUUGAAGCUAAGGUUGAUACAAUGCAUUUGGACUUGGCAUCGUUUAAAAGUGUUAGAUUGUUUGCAGAAAACUAUAAAAGCAGGAAACUUCCACUUCAUGUCUUGAUUUGUAAUGCUGCAGUUUUGGGUGGUUCAUGGCAACUGACAGAGGAUCACAUUGAACGAACAUUUGCCAUCAAUUAUCUUGGCCACUUUCUUCUCAUUCAACUUCUUCAAGAUCUUAUGGUUUCAUCUUCCCCAGCAAGAAUAGUGAUGGUUUCCUCUGAGUCACACAGGUUCCAAGAUUUUGACUAUUCUAGCAAGUUGUGUUUAUCUAAUGUUCCUCUGCCAAAAGACAAGUAUUGGUCUAUACUUGCAUACAAUCAAUCCAAACUGUGCAUUCUACUUCUUUCUAUGGAACUCAACAGACGUUUUCACCAUUUUGGUGUCACAAGUAAUGCAGUUCAUCCAGGAAACUUGAUUUAUUCUUCACUUUGUCAAACCUCUUGGUGGUAUUGGGUAUUUUUCUUGAUAGCCAAGCCUUUCAACAAAAAUCCUAGUCAAGGUGCUGCUACUGUAGUUUAUUGUGCAGCUGACCCUGAAUUAGAAGGAGUAGGAGGAUUAUACUUGAACAACUGCCGUCAAUGUACACCAUCAGCUGAAGCAAUGGAUCAAGACAAAGCCAAGACAUUAUGGGACAAAAGUAUUAGGAUGAUUCAACGUUCAGAUGGUCUUAUAAACACUUCAAAUGAUAUACUUGAUAUUUAGUGAAUAUUUUCAAUAGAAAACCAACCUACCAGCAAAAUAGUAAGGCAAUAAAUCUAUUUUAUCUAA